GGUUUUUGGGGGUAGAGGUAUUGGGGGAGCGAAUUCCUGGGCAUAUUCACUCCCUACUACUACUGCUUUUUAUCGUAUUUGAAUAAUCCAGGGCUAUGGAGCCCCCCGUAAUGGAAGAGGAUCAGGCCUUUCAGAAACAACCGUGAGUUAGUGUAGUGCAGAACAAAAAUCGCUAGGCUGGCCGUCCUUUUUUUAGGCCACAUAGGCUAGGGAAUGGCCAAUUGUCAACAAAGCUGCUACGGAUUGUCUGUUAGCAACUAGCUAGGAUCUCUUUUUUUGUUUAUAUGCAGAAUAACCUAGAAAAUGCCACUGCAAAAAAAGAAAUCACCAGUGAGAAAGUUUCAAGAUCGAAUAAUUUUCCAAAAAGGAUGCAAAUACAUUGGCUCAGUGGCUAUAACUCUGUUAAAUGGUGAAGAGAGACAACAUUUUGUCAAUGAAAAAUUACUGGAAAUGAAAGAUGUUGGUAAAGGUGUACCAGUAGUUUUAGUGAUAACUGAUGAAGGUAUAAAGGUAUUAAAACAAAACGAGUCAGCUGUGAAAAUGGCUCAUGGGAUCACAAGGAUAGCAUUUUCGACAUGCCAACCAGAACGGAGGCUGUUUGCCUAUGUAGCUAAAAGCUCUUCUGUUGAUAAGAAAGAGCUUAUUCAAGCACAUAUGUUUAAAACAAAGAAGAAUGUUCACUCCCAACAGUUAAGUUUGAACUUGUCAAAAUCUUUUAAAAUGGCUUAUGCAAAAAAUACUACAAAGAGGAAGAAUCGCGUUCAGCUAUUUGAGAUUGAAGCCAAUGAACAGCAGGUUAUAAGUGAUAUUCAAAGUCGUGGUAAGCGAUGGGCAAAAGUUGAAAUGGCCCACGGUCAUGAGUAUUCUGGCCAUGCGGUGAAUGCACGGAACAGUCAUUCUUCAGAUGUAAAUAAGUUGAUAGCUGACCUUGGCAUAGAUGAUACACCAACUCUUCCAUUAACACAGGAUUUAAAUAGUAAGGAUGAUCUUUGUGAUAAUGUUUUUAAUGCUGCUCCACAGAAUCCAAAUAAAAAGGAAACAUCCAUAAACCAAAUUUCAAAUGAAAAAAAAGUUGAAAGAAAUAAUAAUUCCAUUUCUUUGAAAAAUAAUGUGCAUGUUGUUGAAGACAAUAAACAUAGACCAAAGGAGAAGAAAAAAGAGUUUAAAAGUAUUUCUGAAGACCAGAAUUCAAUGGAAUCUUUAAAUAUUAAAACAGCUUGUAGUUCUGCCAAAAAGCAUGGAUUUGUAAGUCCUAUAGCUCGAUUCUCAGAUGUUAUUAAUGAUGUUGACCUGCAAAGCUAUCAAAACGUGGUUCUAGGUAAAAAUGGUUAUCAUGUUGUUGAUGAUUUGACAGCACAAGAAUAUAUGCAACAAGUUGAUGCAAAGAAUAGCAAGAUUCCACAUACUCGUUCUGUCCAAAUGGAUGUGUCACGAUUUACUAUGACCGAGGAAGAGUUAAUGAAGGACUCUGAAUGGUUCCAGCCUGGGUUUUCAAGAGAAAUUGCUGAAAAAAUUUUACAAAAUAGGUCGAUUGGGUCCUUCUUUAUUCGAGAAAGCACAAGUCAUUUGGAUAGCUAUGUUAUGACAGUGAAGGUCCCUGCACAUAUGAAACCAAUGGGUGUGGCCAACUUCUUGCUUGAGCGUGUUGAUGGUUCUUUUCGCAUUAAAGGCUUCUCAGCGAUAUUUCCCACACUUACUGACUUAGUUGCUCAUUAUGGCACUGUUCAGGAAGACAUUCCAUGUCAAUUGAGGCUAGCACAUGAUAAUCCUCUGUUUUUAAGGAGACAAUAUAUCGAUCAGCCUGAUGCUGUUAAUAAGACCCACAAUGAACAUGAAGAUGUUGAUUCUGAUGAGUACGAAGAUCCUGAUUAUGAGAAUUUUGAUUGCAAUGAAGAUAUUAUGAGGGAACUUUCCCUAAUGCAAAGCUAAAUUGCAUUGUUUGUGGGUUUUAUAUAUAUUGAGUUUUUUACAGUACAGUUACUAUAUUUAAAAAUAAAGAUCAUAGUGUUAAUUAUAGAAUAAAUUUGUUAAAAUUACAAAACACUUAGGUAUUGAAACAACAAUUUGGUUAAAAAUAGGUAAUAUUUUACUUUGUGCUUCAAUUCUCUAUUUAUACUGCACAUAUAGGAUUUAUAGUAUAUUUAUAUAAAUAAAUAUGCAAGGUUCUGCAUAAUGGAUAAUUUAAAAAUAUGUCAUACAAUGAAUGUAAUUCAGUAUAUAAUCCAUAAUUUGAAGGUACAGUACAGUCCAGAUGUAAGCGUACGCGUACGCUCAACUUGCAAAAAUAAUUGCUUUCAUUAAAAAAAACAAUAGGAUAGCGAGUUCCUUUCAAAUUGCGCGAAUAUAAUUGCUUCGUGUUAAAAACAAAAGCAUAGCAAGAAACAUUGUUUAAAAACAAUACUCUGCGCGAGAAAAAAUUAAACGCGAAGGCCAUUGAAUUUUAAUUUUUUUUAACAACGAAACUAAUUAUAGUAACGCGAUUUUAAUCUGAUAUAUUUAAAAAACACAAGCUCUUUUAAAAAACAAGAAAUGCAAUGAUCUAAAUAUUUAAAAAAAAACUAAUGCUACUUUUAAAACUUUUAAUAAUAUUUCUUUAUCGUCGAAACAUAUUUCUUAACAUGCGAAACUUUAAAGUUCUUUUUAUAAAAAGCAACGUUUAGCAACGCAAACGGGAAAACCCUACGUUCGGGACUUUUCCCUUCGCGAUAAGAUUUCAAAAACAAAUUAAAUUUUAAUACCGAAGAAAGAAAAAAUCUAAAAAUAUAACUUUUGACGUUUUAUAGUAUCACCUACAUUUUAUUGUUAAAAACAUUGUCUUUGUUUUUUUUCAGCGCAACAGCUCUAUCUCUUAAAAGAUUUAAACAAUGCAUCUCGCUGUCUAUUUAGUUUUCGCGCAAAUCUUUUAUUUUAUAAAACUAUCAAACAAUGGAUCGCCAUGUCACAUUGAUAGAGUUGAUAACAUUUUAAAUACUUAAAACACUAUCUAACGAAGCUUUCCUAUCGCCGUUCUUCGUUCUGUAACUUUCUAAAAAAUCAUUUCUAUCGCCGCUCUUCGUUAUUAAACUUUUAAAAUGUGAUAUAACGAAUCUUUUCUAUAGCCGUUUUUUGUUUUUAAACUUUUAAAAUGCGAUCUAAAAAAAACAUUUCUAUCGCCGUUUUUCGUUUUUAUACUUUUAAAAUGCGAUCUAAAAAAACAUUUCUAUCGCCGUUUUUAGUUUUUAAACUUUAAAAAUGCGAUCUAAAAAACAUUUCUAUCGCCGUUUUUAGUUUUUAAACUUUAAAAAUGCGAUCUAAAAAAAACAUUUCUAUCGCCGUUUUUCGUUUUUAUACUUUUAAAAUGCGAUCUAAAAAAACAUUUCUAUCGCCGUUUUUAGUUUUUAAACUUUAAAAAUGCGAUCUAAAAAAACAUUUCUAUCGCCGUUUUUCGUUUUUAAACUUUUAAAAUGCGAUCUAAAAAAAACAUUUCUAUCGCCGUUUUACGUUUUUAAACUUUUAAAAUGCGAUCUAAAAAAACAUUUCUAUCGCCGUUUUUAGUUUUUAAACUUUAAAAAUGCGAUCUAAAAAAAACAUUUCUAUCGCCGUUUUUCGUUUUUUAAACUUUUAAAAUGCUGUCUAAAAAAACAUUUCUAUCGCCGUUUUUAGUUUUUAAACUUUAAAAAUGCGAUCUAAAAAAACAUUUCUAUCGCCGUUUUUCGUUUUUUAAACUUUUAAAAUGCGAUCUAAAAAAACAUUUCUAUCGCCGUUUUUAGUUUUUAAAGUUUUAAAAUGCAAUCUAAAAAAACAUUUCUAUUAAAAUUAAAGUUUCAAUCUUUGUUAAAAUAUAAUAAUUUCUAUCUCUUAAAAGCUUUAUUUAACCCGCGCAACCAACAAUGCCUUCUCGCUAGUUUAUUUAGUUUCCACGCAAAACAAUUGUUUAAUAAAAAUAUUAAACAAUGGCUCUUCGUGUCACAUUGAUAGAGUUGAUAACAUUUGCAAUUAUGCUAUUGGGAAUAGUUAUGUUAACACUAUUUAACAAUAGUUACGCGCAGUUAUAAUAAGCUAUUUUUUCUUCAAUAAUCUUUUGUUUAUUACGCGCAAGUUAAUGACUUACAAGACUCGCAAGAUAAUUAAUAAGAACAAAAGACAAACAACUACCGCCUCCGAGAAAAAGGUGUGAAACUUGAGCGUACGCGUACGCUUACAUCUGGACUGUACUGUAUAUUUUGUUGAUUUUUUUAAGCAAAUUAUUAUACUAUAUAAAAGCAAUCGUAAUAAUGUACAUAAGUUUUUAUAGUUUUAUAGUGAAAGCACAAUGGUUUUGUAGGAGUUAUAAGUAGAAAUAUUUUUUACAUUUUAUUUUGUGUUCAGUGCUCAAAAUAUCAGCUUGUCAAUUUUCACUGACCACCGUCGGGAUAGGAAACAGACAGUCAAAUUGACUGGCAGCUAAUCAUGCCUUUCAUGAGCGAAAAGAUGCUUCUAAAAUUGUAGCAACAAAAUAAAAUAUUGUUUAUCCAGCAUAGCUAUUUGAUUAGUGUCUGUGUUAUAUUAUCAACAAAAUAUAUUAUCAACAAAAUAUAUGUGCCGGUUUUCUAGCAUGGAAUUUCAUACUUCUAAUUUUUAAAGCAUUUGUCCCAUGAGUAGUGACAAAGAUCAUCAUAAGAAUUUUAUGAUGCGUUCUUAUUAUGUUAAAAAACCCUGGUUACUCUACUAUAUUUCUCCACAAUAAAUUUAAUUUCAUUAAAAAAAAAGACUUGACAGGCCACUUCAAAUUCUAGGCAGUCACUAUGACCAAAAGGUUUUAGGUGCUGAUAUUGAAAAUGAUAAUUUAGAAUCAUGUUGAUGUAAUUUAUUACUGUUAUAUUUUUGUUGUCAAGCUAUAAACUCUUCUGUUAAAUUAUAAGCACACAGCUUAUAGUGUAUUCAGGUACAGAUGGGGAAAUUUUUUAAGCAUAUGCUAAGCAUAUUCUCCAGUCUUUGUAUUUUUUUUAUGGAUGUUUUAAUCAGACACAGAAUAAGACUAGUAAUAAUAAA